GGGACUGAUUUGUCAAGACUGAAAACCAACACUUUUCAAUUCAGCACUAAUAGUAAAGCUUUGGGCUCUUAAUCUCUUCAUUGCUGAAGCGGUGGAGAUCGAGUGGUGGAUGAUGGAUGAGAGAAAGAAGCACUUUGUGCUGGUUCACGGAGCUUGCCACGGCGCGUGGUGCUGGUACAAGGUGGCGGCGCUGCUUAGAGCGGAGGGCCACAAAGUUAGCGCCCUUGACAUGGCCGCCUCGGGAAUUCAUCCCAAACGCGCGGAGGAAGUGCGUUCCAUGGCGGAAUACAACCAACCCUUGAUGGAAUUCAUGGCUGCGUUGCCGGCGGAUGAGAAGGUGGUUCUCGUAGGCCAUAGCAAAGGUGGGAUCAACAUUUCACUUGCCAUGGAGGCUUUUCCUCACAACAUAUCUGUUGCGGUGUUUGUUGCUGCUUUCAUGUAUGGCCCUCAUCUAAGCCAUCAUGCCGUCAAACAAGAGUUCAAUCGACAACUGGAAUCUUACAUGGACACAAAAAUCGAGUACAAAGAGGGAGAAGAAAAGGAACGCCACCCGGUCUCCAUCCUCUUUGGUCAUGAGAUGCUACAAAAGAUGUUGUAUCAGCUCUCUCCACCAGAGGAUUUGACAUUGGCAAAGUUGCUGGUACGAGGUAUGGCCAUGUGGGGAGAUGGAAAUAAUGGUGAGGAGUAUGCAUUGAGUGAGGAAAAGUAUAGAUCAGUAAAGCGAGCUUAUGUGGUUUGUGGCGAAGAUAAGAGCUUGAAGGAGGAAUAUCAACGAUGGCUAAUCCAAAUGAAUCCCACGGAUGAGGUCUGCGUCAUCCCCCACGCUGAUCACAUGCCUAUGUUCUCCCAGCCUCACCAACUCUGUUCUUGUCUGCAACUCAUCUCCGACAAAUAUCACCAUUCAUCAUCAUCAUCAUCAUCAUGCAAGUCCUUCGGCAAUAUAAUAAAUCUGUAGGUUAAUAAGGUUAUAUAUAAUAAAUAAACUUAUUAACAUGUAUUAUACAUUAUAUUUAACAUUAAGAAUAUACGUCUAGAUGCAAUAAUGAAGAUGGGAUGGCUAAGGUGCUUGUAAGAAAUGUUGGAAAUUUAUAGAUAAAUCAUGUUCAUGCA